AUUCCUACAACACCGCACUUGACUUAACUAUUUGCAGUGACUCCGAGCUCCGAGGCAGUCUUCACAGAGCCCGCGUGCAACAUUGUCGGUGCUUGACUUUAUUUUUCUAUCAUACAAAAAGCGUGUAUUUUCCGUGUUUCUUUUUUUCCACUCUGUGCUCAUUUUCUUCAACAUCUCUUCAUCUCGUCUCCCAACGAAUUUUAUUUUAAAAAUUACCUUUUUACCCGACUGUCCAUAGAGUGCGCUUAGUUCUUGAUUUUUUUGGUCGGUCGCCGGCAAAACGUCACGAUAAUAAAAUGUUUGUUGUGUGAUUUGUGUUUAUUCAAUAUUUCUAAUAAAGAUGCUAAAGCUAGAGAAAUAAAUAAAUAAUCUCAGUGAAAGACUAAAAAAAAAGUUUUAGUUUUAUAUAAUAUCAACGUUAGAUAUGGAUCAUCAACUCGAGAAAACCGAGGAUGUUCCAAUUGCACAGAGGCAAGAAAAAUGGUACAACAAAAUCACAGUGGAACCCACCAUGUUCCUCUACAUGAUGGCAUUUAUGGUGACUUCUGUAAUCGAACAAGCCUUCUAUCUCCACAAAGCAUGCAUUGUCGAUCAUAACUAUCCAGCUGAAGUUUGUGAUGAUUUAGAAAUUCACCAGGAUAUAAAGAAAGAGGUGCAAAUCACUGUUUCAAAUUUUCAUCAAUGGAACAACGUAUUGGGUCAUAUUUUUCCCAUAAUCCUGGCCCUCUUCCUUGGUUCGUGGUCUGAUCGACGAGGGAGGAAGCUACCACUGAUAUUGGGACUCAUUGGAAAAUUCUACUGGUCCAUCAUGAUCAUUGUUAACUCAUACAAAGAUUGGCCUCUAAGAACUGUGAUAUACUCCGCUACAAUUCCUAGCGCUCUCACCGGUGCCGAUGUGGCAAUAUUUGCAUCUGCCUUUGCCUAUAUCUCCGAUGUAUCCACCGUUUCUUCCCGGACAAUUCGGGUGACAAUUCUCGAUGUUUGCUAUUUGAGCACGAUGCCAACUGGAGUGGCACUCGGGUCUUAUUUGUUCAGCAACGUCGUCAAUCGCAAUUACUCCGUCAUGUUCAUGAUAAACGCUUCAUGUCUUCUGGCGGCGAUAAUUUACUCAUUAAUUCACUUGAAAUGGCAAACAACUUCCAACCAACGAUCUCUUCGUGAGGUGGGCUGCUCUGGUGUUCUCUGUGACUUCUUCGAUCGCCAUCAUGUUGUGGAGUCCCUCAAGACACUCUGCAGGAAGCGCGAAAUGAAGCGACACGUCUACCUUUGGAUCUUCAUGGUGGCCAUGGCCCUUUACACCUUCCAACGAGAUGAGAAACCCAUGAUGUACCUCUACACACAGCUCAAGUUCGACUGGAAUACAGUGACUUACAGCAAUUUUAAGACCUUUCAAUCGUCUGCCUACGUGAUUAUGAUGCUGGCUGGCAUUCCACUUAUGAGCAAGGUCUUUGGAUGGCCAGAUACAGUAAUCGUUAUGGUGGGAGCAUGUGCUCACGCAUCAGCACGCUUUUUCUUUGCCUUUGCUGAAGUUCCGUGGGUAUUGUACAUUGGUGGUGCUGUUUCGAGUUUGGGUCCAGUAGUGGCUCCUGUAUUGCGCUCAAUGACUUCAAAAGUAGUACCGCUGGCGGAAAGGGGAAAAGUUUUUGCACUUCUCUCUGUUUUCGACAACGCCGUGCCGCUAUUUAGCGGUGUUCUCUACACACAAGUCUACAAUGCCACAAUCAACACUCAUCCGGCGGGAAUCUUCUGGCUCACCAUGUCCACUCAACUCUGUGUUCUCCUCUUUGCACUCUACAUCCACAUAACACUCAAAGGACGUAAUCUAGCUGUGGCAGAAGUGGAGAAGAAAACAACCCUCAUUUAUGGUGACAAAGCCAAUUCAGAGGAGGAAGAUCAAGGUCAGCAAAAAUAAUAUCUCGCAGACCAAAAUUUGUAGUUUCCAUUAGAUUUUAAUUCAUAUUACGAAUAAAAGACGAAAAAAAAAACAUUUUAAACCUCCUACCUAAAGAAAUGUAAGAAAAAAGAUUCAAAUAGUAAUUCCUCAGGAUGUAGUCAAGUAAUUAAAGCUAUAAUUAGGUUACAUUUUUUGCAUGAAUUGUUAAAAAUUUUAUAAUCUCUAUAAAGAUUUUUUUGUAAUGAUAAGUCCAAAAAAGAUUUAAAAUGUCGCAAAUAAAGUAGAUUCCUUUAUGUA